ACACUGCUGCCUUGCAAUCACGAGAGGUGACAUGCACUGUCCAGAAUCAAGACUUACUCUGGGCAGAGGGAGGGAGAAACCAGGCUACCAGGAGUGGCCUCUGCGCAGAAGGUGGGGGAAGGUGGUGAAGAGGUGUGUGGGUGCCUCCUUCUCCCUUGCAGGGAUCAGAAGUGUCAAUCAGCUUGGAGGGCUAUUUGUGAAUGGCCGGCCCCUGCCUCUGCACAUCCGGCAGCAGAUCGUGAGGCUGGCGGUCAGCGGGAUGCGGCCCUGUGACAUCUCACGGAGCCUGAAGGUAUCUAAUGGCUGUGUAAGCAAGAUCCUAGGACGUUACUACCGCACAGGGGUCUUGGAGCCCAAAGGGAUUGGGGGCAGCAAGCCCCGUCUGGCCACACCCCCUGUGGUGGCUCGAAUUGCUCAGCUCAAGGGAGAAUGUCCAGCUCUCUUUGCCUGGGAGAUCCAACGCCAGCUUUGUGCUGAAGGGCUUUGCACACAGGACAAGACUCCCAGUGUCUCCUCCAUCAAUCGAGUUCUACGGGCACUGCAGGAGGAUCAGCGAAUUCCCUGGGCACAGCUCAGGUCACCAGCUGACUUGGCUCCAGUUCCUCCCAGUCUCCACAGUGGCUCUGAGACUCCCCAGGGUCCCCAUCCAGGGACUGGUCACCGGAAUCGGACUAUCUUCUCCCCAGGACAAGCUGAAGCACUGGAGAAAGAGUUCCAGCGUGGACAGUAUCCUGAUUCAGAGGCCCGUGGAAAGCUGGCUGCUGCUACCUCUCUGCCUGAGGACACAGUGAGGGUCUGGUUUUCCAACCGAAGAGCCAAAUGGCGACGGCAAGAGAAGCUCAAGUGGGAAAUGCAGCUCCCAGCUGUUUCCCAGGGUCUGACUAUACCAAGGGUUUCCCCAGCAGUGAUUUCUGCACAGGUACUUGGUUGAAGUGGG